AUGACCUCUGGUGUUUUAGAGAUGCUUCAGGCAGCAGAGAGCUCCCUCCUGGGCUGCCUUUUGCUUCUCAGCACUGAACAGCUUCUCUGUUCUCACCGCUGUCCUUUUUGUAGGGCUUUUGGCACCGUUUCUAAGGCCUUGAAUGCUGCCAGGGGACAACAGGUGGCCAUAAAAGAACUUAAUCUCCAGCACCAGGGUGUCGAGGAAGUGUUAAAAGAAAUCCUGGUCUUGAAAGAAAAAAGACACCCCAAUAUUGUCACCUACCUACAAAGCUACCUUGUCAAUGGGGCUGUCCUGCUGGUGCUGGAGUACAUGGACGGAGGCUCUUUAGCUGAGGUUGUCAGAAAGAAAAGGAUGGAUGUAGGACACAUAGCAACAGUCUGUCGCGAGUGCCUGCAAGGCCUGGCUUUCCUUCAUGCCAACCAGGUGAUCCACAGGGACAUCAAAAGUGCCAACAUCCUUCUGAGCCGGGAUGGCGCCGUCAAGUUGGCUGAUUUUGGCCUCUGUACUUGGCUCACCCCUGAGCACAGUAAACGGAAGUCCGUGGUCGGCACCCCUCGCUGGAUGGCACCCGAGGUGGUGAGAGGAGAGCCAUACGGCCCCAAAGUGGACAUCUGGUCCCUUGGCAUCGUAGGAAUACACAUGGCCAAAAGAGAGACUCCUUACAUUCGUCUAAACAGUGCCAGGGCUAUGUAUCUGAUAAGCACGCAGGGGGCACCAGAUGUGCACACGCUCAGGCUGCCCGCUGCCUUGCGUGACUUUCUGCGCUGCUGCCUGCAGAUGGAUGUGGACAGGCGAGGCUCUGCCAAGGAACUUCUGCAGCAUCCAUUUCUCAAAUUAGCGGAGCCUCUCUUCAGCCUCUUCUGGCAGCCUGAUUGCUGUCAUCCCUGCAGCAAAGUAGUGCAGGCAGCACAAGGACACCUCAUGAGUUGGAGAAAAGAGCCUCUGAGGACAGGAAGAAAUCUUGAGGAGAGAGGGGCCAGGAAACAGACACCCCCUCUGGGAGCAGGCACGAAAGAGUUCUGGAGCCGCUCCUGCUUUGGUUCCUCUCUGGAGUCGGGAAGUUCCGUGUCGCUGAUGUUCUUCACUCCCUUCCUCUUCGCGGGCUGUGAAGAGGCAGGGAGCUCCCCAAAUGAGCGCUACUACAUUGCAGUUUGCUUGUUCCGCAGGCUCUUCUCGCCACUGCUGCCAUCGGGCGGGGUGUGCUCCACCUGGUUUCUCUGGAUGCCAUGGCUCACGCCGUGCAGCGGUGGAGCUGGGGCCGUGCGGCGACUCACGCCGGUGCCUCACCGCGCCGCCCGCGCCGCGCUGCCGCCGGGGCUGCCCUGCGCCGCGCUGGGGGUCCCGCCAGGCCGGGGCCGCUCGGGUCACACCGUGCAGCCGGCGGUGAUAGAAUGA